GCAACUCACAAUAUAACACAAAAAAUCAUUCUCUUCCUUCUUCUCUAGAUACUUAAGAAAUUGAGUUAAGUUUUAUAUAAUAUUUUGGUGUUUUCUUAUUUUGCAAAUUACUAAUACUUUUACAGAAGGUUGUUUUAUCCCGAGGACAUUUUGUGACGAUUUGUCAGCACAAAUUUUUGGGCAGUAUUGAGUAUUGACAAUAUUCUAAAGAGAGCGACGUAGUCUCCGACUCAAUUAAACUUUGGUAACAUUAUUAUUGUUAUUUUGUUGCUGCUUCUUACAACUAUUUUGAAACAAUUCUUAAUUUACUGCCUUUAUUUGAGAACAUGACUAAUUACGCUAGCAAACUCUUCUAUUUUGAGGGUGCACACUUUGAAACCUGAAAACAAAACUAUAUGUUCGGUAUAAAAAUAGCGGAGCCCGUACAUAAUUAAAUAUUGUUCAGUUCAAUUCAAUUCAAAUAAAGGUUAAUUGUUCUAAUAGUAAUUCUUGUGAAAGACUGUCUUUUUGAAAGAACAUUUCUAAUUGGGCCGACUCAUUAUAUAAAUUUUAAAAUUCUGUAAAUAGGUAUUAAGAAUGAUGUAAGUAGACAUUUCUAAUUCCUACCAAUUUAAAAGGUGUCAGUUCACAGUAUUGCUAGGGCCUGUAUCCGCCUAUGAUAUAUAUGAUGGGAAGUACACAAUUUUUCUUUAUAUAGUCCAUAUUCUAAGUGAAAGAUCAAAAUUUAUUUAUAGUAGAAUGAAAUCAUGGACUAUCUUCAAAUCUCUCUACUCGUCAUUUCAUUUAUCUUGUUAUGCUCAUUUUUCCAGAACAAAAAUAAUCUCCCUACAAACUUCCCUCUAGUAGGAAUGCUGUUUGCACUUCUCAAAAACAUACACAAAAUCCAUGAUUGGGUAGUUGAGAUCCUAGAAUUAUCCCACUUAAAUUUCCUCUUUAAAGGUCCUUGGUUUACCAAUAUGGAGAUACUUAUAACCGUUGAUCCAUCAAAUAUACACCACAUAAUGAGUAAAAACUUCUCUAAUUACCCAAAAGGACCCAAGUUCAAUGAAAUGCUUGAUGUUUUAGGAGAUGGGAUUUUUAAUGUAGAUUUUGAUUUAUGGAAGUAUCAUAGAAGUAUGGCACAUAGUUUUAUUGGUCAUCCGAAGUUUCGAGAAGUUUUGGUUGAGAAGAUUGAGGAGAAAAUUGUAAAAGGUCUAAUUCCAUUGCUUGAUCAUGCUUGUAAAGAGAGUUUAGUGAUUGAUUUUCAAGGUGUAUUUGAGAGAUUUGCAUUUGAUAAUAUUUGUAAUCUUAUUAUGGGAUAUGAUUUUGAGUUUUUAUGUGUUGAUUGGCCUUCUACUCCUCUUUCUAAAGCUUUAGAUGAUAUUGAGGAGGUUAUGUUUUAUCGUCAUGUUGUUCCUAUGAAUGUUUGGAAGUUUCAAAGGUGGCUUGGUGUUGGAAAAGAAAAAAGGUACAAAAUAGCUUGGAAAAAACUAGAUGAUUUUAUAUACAAAUGUAUUGCUAAAAAGAAACAAGAAUAUAAAGAUACUCAAGAAUUGGGAAAAAAUGAGAGGGUUGGUCUUGAUUUAUUGACAUUAUAUAUGGAUAAAACGCAAGGUGUGAAUGUUAAGAAUUGUAGUGAUAAAUUCUUAAGAGAUACUAUAUUGAACUUUUUUUUAGCAGGACGAGAUACUAGUAGUACUGCGUUGUCUUGGCUGUUUUAUCUUCUAUCUAAGAAUCCUCACGUUUUGUCAAAAAUUCGAGAAGAAGUGUAUUCCAAAAAUAUUAGAGAUCUUAAUGAGUGUGUUUAUUUACAUGGAGCGUUGUGUGAAUCUUUACGAUUAUACCCUCCAGUUGUAUUCGAGGCCAAAGGUCCUCUGAAGUCGGAAGUACUCCCAAGUGGUCAUCAAGUGAACCCGAAUAUGCAAAUCAUGUUUAACUUGUACGCCAUGGCAAGGAUGAAAUCGAUAUGGGGAGAGGAUUGUUAUGAGUUUAAACCAGAGAGAUGGAUAACGGAAAAAGGAAACAUUAAGCAUGAGCCAUCAUAUAAGUUCUUAGCUUUUAAUGCCGGUCCAAGGACUUGCUUAGGCAAAGACAUGGCUUUCAUUUUAAUGAAGAUGGUUGCUGCUACAAUUGUUAAAGAUUACAAUUUUCAAGUUGUGGAAACACAUCCUGUUGUUCCUGAUAUCUCUAUUAUCCUUCAUAUGAAAUAUGGGUUAAAGGUCAAGAUAUGUUAUAUACUCUAACAUUGUUAUCAUAUCUAACAAAAUAAAAGAUUGCUGCUUAAUGAAGUGCGCAUAGUGUUUCCAUUAUUACCUUUAGGUUUUACAUUCAAAAGGAAUGUACUCCUUUAUGGGAUGUGUCUCAAAUUUUAUGUAAAGUUCACAUAAGAGUAUGACACAAAUGAAUCAUUCAAUCCGCA